AUGCACAGAUGGGGUAUGAAGGGCAUGCCUGCCAACAGAACAACAAAGUCACACCGUCGUAUCGGUUCAGUGGGAUCAACGGGUGAUGCGAGGAUAUGGCCUGGCAAAAGAAUGCCUGGUCAUAUGGGCUACGAAUGGGUCAAUACAAGUGGUCUUGAAGUACUUCGAAUCAAUCCCAGUAAACAGGUCAUUUUAUCCCUUACCUUAUCCACUUUAUUGCUGCUCUCAUCGAUAUUAAUGUUCAAUUUAUAA